AUGUUGAACUCUAUCGAAUAUAUAACACACAUUUUAGAAGAUGUGUUGAUAUAUAUAUAUAUAUAUAUAUUUAACUUCGUCCAGGUUGUCAAAUCCCUGAGUGCUGAUCAAAGUACACCAAAAUCUUCUGACACUGAUGUACACACACAAAAUGUAAACAAAGACUGUAUCCAUAGUGAUGACCUUGACAACAGACUUGUUGAUCAGAUCAAAGAUAAGGUGGAAUGUAAAGAAGGUCAAGGAGAUGAAGAAGAGAAUUGUAAUGAAGAUUUGGUCCUCAGCCAUCAGGAAGUUAUGAUAAAAGUCCAGAGUACAUUGUCUGAUAUAAUAACGGCAGAUCCACUGUUGUAUGACCUGCCGCCACAGGUGACGUUAGAAGAAAUUAAUUCCUACAUUGCCUUAGAAUAUGGACAGGCCAUGAUUGUCAAUGUCAGAAGAGCAGAUGAUGAAGUUUUACCCAUUGUUGUUACCCAGAAUGCAACUGUGUUAGAUUUGAAGCAUGCCAUCAAGCGAUAUGUCAACCUGAAACAAGAAAGAGCCAAUGGAAAAUUACAUUUGAGCUGCUCAACAAAUAGCUAUGAAAACUAUACCAUGAUAUUAAACUGGAGAUAUAUAUGGAAACGUUUUUGGCUAUACUUUGAUGGAGAGAAACUCACAGAUGACAAAAAAUUACUUAAAGAAUAUGGUAUAAGAAAUAAAGAAGAAGUUACCUUCGUCAAACGACUGAAAGAAAAAGGGAAACACAGAAGAUGAACUGCUAGUGUGUUUUGACUUACAUCUAUGAACAGACAUAAAGAGCGAAAAAAGAAGGUGCUGUUCUGGUGAACAAGCUGGAGAUAUUAAGAAAGCAAUAAAAUGAGAAGAAUACACUCUGCAAACAAAUAGAUGGAAGAAUAUACUUAACUUACUCUUGGGUGAUACUUCCAUGUAUUGAGAGAAAUUCACAUUUUCAUGGGAUCUUGAAGUAUUGCUUAGAAUUUGAUGAUGUGGCUAAAGAAUUGUGUUAUAUUUGAUUGUUGUACUUUUAUUUGAUAAAUGUUAAUAGUAUGUUGAUAUAAAUAAAUCACCUGUAAAUUAUUUA